AUGAGACGAUGGAACAAUCAGAAUAAAUGUUUCAUGAGCUGCGACAAUAAUGUAGAGAUGAAGGUGCAGAGCUGGGAGAUCCUCCUCACUAGGGGAGAAGAUGUAAACUUUUUGCCGAACGGUUUAAAAGAAGCAAAAGGUUUGCAUGUCUUACAAGACAUCAAGAGCUACCGAGGCCGCAAACCCCUGGGCGGCUCAGUGUCAGCAGCUGUCGGGCUGAGCCCCGGCCUGCCAGCCGCCGCGUCCCCCGGGCCUGUCGCACCUGCCGCACCCAGCCCUGCGCCCUCCACCGCGCCUGCCAUGAAGCAAGACCACCCCAGCCAACCGAUGGCCCCAAUGCCUUUCUACGCGGGUGACCCGAACAGAUUUCCAACGACCUGGCAAACUGAUCCCUCGCAAGGUUGGCAAAACCAAUUCAUCCAGCAACUUCCGACCCAAACAGGCCAAACAACUUUGGAUUACCAAGGCAACCACACACCUUACGCCACUUCACCACACUAUCAAGCAAAUACCACGUACACCGUCCAAAAUGUCGCUACUACAUUCGAUGUGACGAAUAACACGUAUUACCAGGCUGGUGUUCAGGCGGUACCGGCUCAAAGGCCGCCGUCCAAUAGAGGAGCUUACACCCCAGUACCUUCUCCGAGGGCACCACAUUACCCAACGGAAUACCAGCAACAGUACGCACAGCAAGCUUCCACCCCUUGCGUGACGACUGGCAAUGAAUCUAGGCCAGCUUCGGCUGCGUCCUACCAAAGUUCAGUAGCAUCAUCAGCUGCUCCAGUCUAUACAGUUAGUCAACAAAACUACGAACGCACAGAAUACUCGGCAGAACACUCGGAAGAGUACAACAACGGAGAGAGUGGAACAGACACAAAUAAUGAGGCGGAAAGACAAGAAACGAAUGCCUCAAAUGGACAGCAUUCGGGAAACGCCGAGCCUGGGUACCUGCAGGGGAGCAACGGUCCGCGAGCUUCACUCGAUUGUAACGGGUAUCCGGGCGCCUACAAUGGCGGACAGUACGAGAAUGGACAAACGCAAAACCAAAGCGAUUGGCAGCAACGCCAGUGGCAGCAUAACCAAAGACUACAAAACCAACAACAGAUACAAAAUCAACAGCAGCUACAGAAUCAACAGCAAAUGCAAAACCAGCAGCAAAUGCAAAAUCAACAACAAUUGCAGAAUCAGCAGCAAUUACAAAACCAGCAGCAAUUGCAAAAUCAACAGCAAAUGCAAAAUCAACAACAAAUUCAAAAUCAGCAACAGUUGCAAAACCAACAACAGCAACAACUUCAAAACCAACAGCAAAUAAAUCAAUUGCAAAGUCAACAGCAACAAAUACAAAACCAGCAGCAAAUUCAAAAUCAAAUUCAGAACCAUCAAAAUCAACAGCUACAAAACCAACAAAUGCAACAACAUCGACAGGAUGAGUCCGAGCAACAGAUGUUUUCCCAAUCUGAUAGAGUUAAUUUAAACUCUAGACUGAAAACGAUGAUAUUAAACAAGCAAAAUCAUGUAAGAGAUGGAACAAACACACCACCGGAUAAAGGUGACCCUGGAGAGGGACCCCCUAGGGUAAUGGACGAUAGAAAAAGUGGGGUCACCGAUGAUAGAAAUACCACCGGUCAUUUUUUAUCGUAUAGCCACCAUCUCCGAGAUAAUUACCGCAUAGGCGAUCAGGUUUAUCCUGUCGCUGGUAAUUAUGCACAAAACACUCACGCGUAUAGUGUGGGUGAAUUCGGAGGUGGUGGCCACCAAGUUUGGGAGGGGGGGACGGAAGUCCCGAAAGGUUAUGAUAAACAUAACUCAUCUAAAAACGUAUCUAAGACUGCCCAAAAAUUACCAUCAUAUGCUGAUAUGAGGGGGCAAUAUGGUACGUGUACGAAUGUACCUUACGAUGCGCAAAAAUAUGCAGAAAUGUACGGUAGUGAUAAUUUAGUUUACAAUCAACAAGAUAAUAAGGAUUUUCAAUCUAAGAUGCUAAUUGGACCAGUGUCAGAUAUUAAUCAACAAAACUGCGCAAGCAAGCGCGAUGUAAACGCACAAAAAAGAGCUUAUGAUAGAGAAUCAUAUGAUGCUAAAUUUAGACACCCAUCGGCCCCGUUAAUACCAAAAUUAGAAACUCCUGAUAAUUACCAAUACGUUAAACAACCUAUAAAAUCGGAACCUCAGAGAUUAGUGGGCCAAAAUGCAUAUCUGAAACCAAUCGAAGCACCUGCUAGCAAUAUUUACAAAGAAUAUCCGAAUGGACUUGUUCCCAGAAUACAACAAAAUACAGUAUUACCACCAAUAUCAACAAUUAAAAAUGAGGGUUUCACUCAAAAACCACAUAACUAUCAAAAUUUUCAACAGAUACCUUAUGAAAGAAAAACUGUUGCAGGAGACAAUUAUGUACCAAAAAUCCAAGAGAGUCUAGGUUUUCAGAAAUAUAAUAGAAAUUUUGAAUCCAAAUUUACCAGAGAGUUGGAUCAUCGAAAUAAUUCAGAAAGGAACAUAACAACUGAAGGAAGGCCGCCGUAUUACAUAGAACAAAUAAAGUCGGAACAUUCACCACCUGGGCAUAAAAUAUAUAAAAAUUUAAGUUAUGGUCCACCUCGAAGUGAACCUUAUAAAUUCGCGGGUGAAGGUGGUCCAGGUACUAUCAGAAAUGAAAUAGGUUAUGCAUGUUGUAGACAAGGAUCUACCAAAAAACCUCCACCAGAGCAUUUAAGGGAUGGGGCCUGUCCCGGACUUCAGACUAAAGACGAAGUGUUAGAUGAUGACCCUGAUUCAUCAGACAAAAGUGAUUCUAAAAUCCAAUCAAAACCGGGUACGCCGGUACCAGAUCCAUUUGCUAAACCUCCUUUCGAAAAUAAAUUUAACUAUUCAAAAGAAUAUUUAGAAAACCUUGAAAAAUUAAGAACUAAUUCAAGAACAGAGGUACCGGACUGCAAUUGUUUUCCUACUGAUAAAAAUCCCCCAGAACCCGGCAGUUACUACACACAUCUAGGAGCUGCAUCUUCUUUAACUGAGUUGAGAAAAGAUCUUGAAGCACGCACAGGUCUUUCGGGCAAAGAACUAAGGAUAGAAAAAAUAUGCUACACUGGAAAAGAAGGCAAAACUGCUCAAGGUUGUCCUAUGGCUAAGUGGGUUAUAAGGCGUUCAAAUUACACAGAAAAAGUUUUGGUGGUAGUAAAGUUCCGUAACGGCCACAAAUGCGAUACUUCAUGGAUAGUGGUGUGUCUUGUCGCCUGGGAAGGUAUUCCUCAAUCAGAGGCGGAUCUUGAUUAUACAUUGCUGUCCCAUAAGCUGAACCGCUACGGGCUACCAACAACGCGUCGAUGCGCCACUAAUGAAAAUAGAACUUGUGCUUGUCAAGGCCUUGAUCCCGAGAUAUGCGGUGCUUCCUACAGUUUCGGCUGCUCCUGGUCCAUGUAUUACAAUGGAUGCAAGUACGCCCGUUCGAAAACCGUAAGAAAGUUCCGACUUUCGGUCAAAACUGAGGAGAGCGAGAUUGAGGAGCGCAUGCAUGUGUUGGCAACCCUUCUAAGCCCUUUGUAUACCAACCUUGCGCCCAAGUCCUUUGAAAACCAGUGCCAGUUUGAAAAGGAAGCCUCGGAUUGUAGGCUGGGAUUUAAACCCGGACGGCCAUUCUCAGGAGUAACAGCGUGCAUAGAUUUCUGCGCGCAUGCGCACAGAGACCUCCACAAUAUGAACAACGGCUGCACGGCCGUCGUCACUCUCGCCAAGCACCGAGCACUGUCCAAGCCCAACGAAGAGCAGUUGCACGUCCUACCACUGUACGUCAUAGAUACGACUGACGAGUUCGGAUCCAAGGAAGCUCAAGACGAAAAAAUCAAAAGUGGAGCUUUGGAAGUCUUGGACAAAUAUCCUAUGGAGGUUCGUGUCCGAUCGGUUCCUUUACAACCCUGCAGACGACACGGUAAGAAAAGAAAAGAGGAAGAAAAUACCGACACAAACAACAGCUCAACAAACGCUUCCCAGCAGAGCCCGGGGAAUCAAAAGAAAACGCCGUCUCAAUGUUCGACACCAGCGCCUAAAACUCCUCAACCAAACGAUGUCAGGAAUAUCACCAGUCCAAGAAGCCAAAGCAGUGCGUCCCCAAGAGCAACUACUCCAGCAAUGAAUCAAACUACUCCACCAGCCUUUACCAACAAUCCACAUUACAACUCAGCGUUUGUUAACCCAAACAUGCAUAAUCCUAAUGGACUUAUGAACCCAAAUCUAGGCAACCCAGCGCUACUUGACAUGGCCAGUAUGAUAGAUAAUUUCACUGAUGCGCAAUUACAGAGUAAUCAAAUCUCUAGUACCGUUUUAGAUUCACCUUAUAACCCUUACGACCAAAGCUACCAUUUACAUAGCCAAAAUCCGGUAUAUAAUAACCCAAAUCAAUUACCUGCGCUAGCAGAAAUCAAUCACCAAAACCCAAUCCCACAUCAGUUACCAAGUUUCAACCCAACCUUACAAAAGAGGGACCAGCAAUACAGUACACAAAAUUCUGGACAAGUCGAAACAGCUCAACAAAACUGGCCCGAGUUUGAUAAUUCUGAAAUAUUUAACAAUGUGGUUAAAGAAGAUCCUGAUUCUACUACAGCCCAUCUUAAUGGGUCUCAUAAUAAUUAUAGUCCAGACUCUAAUCGCAGUGACCCGAAUUCAGAUCAAAUGAGCAAAAGUAAUUCAGAGCCUGAAAAACAUAAUAUUAUCGGAAUGGCACAAAAACUUCCAGAAUUUGAUUUGCCAAGUUCUCCGAGGUUAUCAGAAAUUUCACAGAAAAUACAACCCACUCUUGAGUCGCCAGCUCCUUCACCUCAAGAUCUCAAGUCGCCCAAUACUGACAGCCACAUUGAUGUCCGUAAAAGCGUAUGGAAGUCGCCAGAAUCAAAAAACUGGGAUCCCACAAAACAUAGAGAUCAAAUGACAGAAAACGAAAAUGCUCUAUUCAGGGUGCCCAAAGCUAGGCCCCCAUCGCGUUCGCAAUACGUAAAUAAUCCUCCCGAAGGAAUUGAGCAUUCUACUUUCCUAAAACCAUACCCACCUUCUGAGAGACCACAACUCAACCACGGCUACGAAAACAGAAGUCCAUAUGACAACAGAAUGAAUAAUGCUGUACCGCCUAAUUCACCUCUCCAAACUAACUAUACCAUUAGUCAUGAGGACAGCCAAAACACUGUAGUAAAUAAACCCGUUACGGAAUUCACUGGAAACAAUUUCCAUUCAGUAAAUCAGACCAGCUAUGCAAACCAGACACCUGUUCAAGGGUAUGGUAACUACCCGCCUAUGACUAACGCUUAUGCCUUCACGCCAAACCCUUACGGUCAUUUCAAUCCAUAUGAAAAUUCCUACAACGACUAUAACAGUUUGGCAUAUUAUAAUGCAGAAAAAUACAAAAGAGAGGAGUUAAUUCGAAACUCUCAUUGCUACAAUUCCUAUGGAUACCAGUACAAUCCAAACUUUGCGGCCAACUUCUAUCAAAACUCAAGCCCUAACUGGUGUCAAUCUUCACCUAACUGGUGCUUAUACCCUCCACCUUUUUCAAUUCCAUAUCCACCAGAACCUCCCAAGGCGGAACCCAUAGGAGAAGUUACUGGUAUAAGCGACAAUCUGGAAUGCUUCAAAGAUAGUCAAAUGGGCGGUGUAGCGAUAGCUUUGGGCCACGGAAGCGUAUUAUUCGAAUGUGCUAAGCACGAAAUGCAUUCAACUACGGCAGUGAAAACUCCCAACCGAGUGAAUCCAACUCGAAUAUCUCUAGUUUUCUAUCAACACAGAAACUUAAACCGUCCCAAACACGGUCUCGAGGAGUGGGAAGAAAAAAUGAGGUUAAAGAAGUUAGGCUUAAGUCCAUCAACACCGAGUACACCUGGACCAAAUUCCAAUUCCGUUUCACCCGCAACUACUCCUGGGCCUGAGAACAGACAGACUCCGAUACCAGAAAAAUGGAAGAAUAACGAAAAUAGUAUACCAGGUGGAUACAGUUGCCUGUCAGCUCUUGUGGAAGCGACGAAUGCUGCUAAGAAGAGUAGGCAGAUAAUGCUGCGGACGGAUACGCAGACGACGAUGUCGUGGACAACGCUGUUCCCAAUGCACCCGUGCACGGUGACAGGCCCUUACCAGGAGUCAGGCACUUGACGUAAGCCAAGCCCGGCGGGGCAUAGCCGCGGCAUUCUUCCAAGAGACGGAGUGAAAUCCCUUCCGUAGACUAUUAAGCCUUAUCUUGCCUUCGAUAUAAGUCUUCUAAACGAUGUGCUUUCCAAGUUAUGGAUUUAUAGAAGUUAAGCUCUCAAAUCUCGACGACUGGUCCAAUAAAUAAAUGUUCCCGUGAUAUUCCUUUUUUGCAUUUACAUUGGAAUUGACUACCGUUUUAACAUGUAUUUUUCAAUGUGAACCGAGUGAGUUUUUAAUCAAAGAUGUAAUUUAAGUUUAUAUUUUUAAUAGUGUUUAUCGCAUUUCAGCUAGUCUUACGUUACUACAUUAGUAUCGAUCGUAUCUCUUAGGCCGUAACCGUAGAGUUAUUUGUAUAUUGACGUAUUUAGUUUUACCGGCGACUCGAACUUUUUUUAAUAAGUUUAUAUUUUUACAUGCUCUGUGUAAAAUAGUGACAUUAGCGUACGAUUUGUCUGCAUAUUUUGACAAUUUUCUAAUUAAGCGCAUAAGCAGCGAUUUGUGCGAUGCAAUGAUCUCAUAAAAUACUAACUCUACAAUUAAAAUAUUAUUCAGAGCGAAAGUACAAAACAUCACAAGUGGAGGCUAUCAGCGCUGAGCCGAGUAGACGCACGUGACACGCACGUGACUCGCACAUGACCUGUACGUGAUCUGCACGUGACGCGUCGGUGAUCGUGUUUUAUUGAUAUUUUUGUACCUUUGCGUGUUAGUUACUUUAUAUUUUAAUUAUUAUCAUUCCUCUACCUUUCUGGUUGUUUGUUUGCAUUUUAUUUGUACGAGUAAACUCCUAAGAUCAUGGCAAUACGUCAUACUACGUGUAUUAUCACAAACAUAACGAGUGCUUUUAUAUUAGGUUAAGAGGUGUGUAUUUUUAACUUUUAGACUAUUUAACUUAUUUAUAUUGUAUUACGUGAAUCAUUUUCUUUAUAAUAAUUUACUUAGUGUUAUGAUAGGUAUUAAUAUCUAAUAUAUUUGCUUUACGAUUUGACAUUAAAUUAUUAGCAGUUGUUUUACGCAUGUUUCAAGAGCCUUCUUUACUAUAGUCGUGAGUGCCUGCGUCUGGCGGAAUCCAGAAAAUUAAAUUCUUGUCUUAAAUCUCAUUUUUGACAUAUUGAAUAUGACCUUAAUUAAGAAUCGAUUGCAUCUAAUAAUGUUCUGCUAAUUUAGCGAUUGUGAAAAUUUUAUAUAAUUACGUUCGUACAUUUAAAAUAAAAAAAAGAGUAAAUAAAUUACAUACGUUUAUAAGAUAGUGUUUGCGGAAACUUCAGGCGCUUGGAAAGAUUAUAAAGUAGGCAUAUUAUUGAAAAUGAAUGAGAACAUACUGAUAAAUAGUUAUUAAUAUAUAAUUAGGUUAAGGAGAAGUUUGUUUUAAAGAUUAAACUAUUGAUAUAGUUUAUAUUUUUUACGUGUACGUAUUUAUUGAAUGGUAAAUUUAUUGGAACGUGAAAUUAUUUAUAGGUAAAAAGUUUUGAGAACAAAACUUAUAAAAACUAAGCAAUAAUAGACAACGGGGUCUAUGUACAUUGUAAUGUAGAGAUGAUUAUAAAAUAAAAUAACGAAUGGUGCAAAUUCCGGUCAGUCUUAUGACUUCUACGGGAAUGCUUGACCUAUAGAAAUUGCCUAAAUUUUUUCGACUUGUAACAUUGGUAAAUUCCUCUGUCUUGCCAUUAAUUUAACGUCUAUGUAGUCAGUCGUAGAUGCGUCGAGUGUCAAGACAUAUCAGAAGCGAUCAAAGUUACGUAUUAUCACAACAAAUGUAAACCUAAAUAGGUGUGUGAUAUUUAAGUAUUUAUGUAGAGCCUCAACCUCAUGUUUUGUAACUCUGGAGUGCGUUACCUAAAUUUAAAAUUUAUAAGCGUCAAAAUUUUAAUCUUAAGUUUGAGUUUUAAUUCCUUCAUAAACAUUCUUAGUGCAUAAAAAUUAACACUUUAAUACAGCCAAGCCUUAUUGAUAUUGAGUUAAUUGACUUGGGGAAUUAGGAUACUCUUUCGUUACUAACUUGAAUUCAACCAAAGGAUAUAUUAUUUUAUGUAUUCUAUUUUUGUAUAAUGUGACUGUUGGUUUUCAUAAUAAAUGAAUGAAAAAUUAUGUGAUUUUAUAGUAUUGACAUAUUUUUCGGUACCUAGAUAUCUUAUUUUACUAAUGUCUUAAAAUCGACCAAAUUUGGCUGUAUAAAGCGUACUUAUGUCAAUGAAACUAGUAUUUAAAAUACUUAUGAUAUUAUUCUUUCAUUCGGUAACCUGGGCCCUUAUUCACUUUGAUAUUCAAAUCGUAAUUGCCUAGUAACUGCGGUAUAUGACUUUAGACUUCUUGUACAGCGGAUAUAUAAUAAUCGAUCUAGCAUCAGCUCAAUUGUUCGACCACCUUUAACCUUUGAUAAACGAAUAAUAAGUGAUACCGAUCAUCAAAUGCAUUUGUUUUUUGUGUCGGUACUCUAUAAUUGUAAAAGAAUAUAAUGAAAUAUAAAAACAAAACUUGUAAAAUGAAUUUCUAGAGGUGCUAUCAAAACGUUUUGUUUCGAUGUUAAAUAACAUGGCUUAUAAAUAUAAUUUAUUUAUUCAUAAAUUAUGAGUCAAAAGUAAUUUACUUUACUAUUGCCCAAAUAAAAAAAAAAGUUAAAAUUAUCUAGGAUUGUCUAUUCCCUGCUUUCAGAGCAAGAAAGAGACAGCGCAUUACGUUCAAAAUGUAGCUAUUUUUAAUGCGCUAUCUCUUUCGUUAACUAAGAUUAUGGUGCUAGAUUGAUUUUGCCGCCUAUCAGGACGUGUCAAAUUUGCUGUCACUAAAAUUAUUACUCGCAUAGUUAAGAAAGAAUCAGGGCCUUGCGUGAAUCUCAAAGUAAAAUUUACUUUGAGGUGUGAAUGCACUUGUUGAAAGGUUGUAUAACUGUCGUAGAUAUUAACAUUAAGGCGAGCGUUUCUAUUGAAGUGAAGGCGAGAAGGAAAAGAGAAGCUGUAAAAUGGGAUGAGUUAUUUUACUUGAGCGCCGCGGAAUAGAGCGAAGCAGGGGAUGAGUGGUUUCAUCCUAUACAACCAAGCAAUCUCUAUCAAUUAUUGAGUAUUUUUUUUUACAGUUGAUAUGACUAACAUAUGGUGGUGGAUAGUAGUAUGGCCAUCUCAAAUUAAAAAAAAUACAGGUUGCACUCCGGGAGUGCCGACAGAGGUGGAAACUUAUUUUUGCGCGUUAGACAUUUUUUAGAUAGCU